AUGAAUUUCACGUUCACCUCGCUGCGCGCCGCGGAGAAGGCUCUCACCAGCCUGCGCAACCGGGUAUGGAACUGGCAGAAUGCGCCGAUGGACAGUUCAUCUCGCCUGGAAGACCGGAGCGUGGUGGAAGAUUGGCGCAAUCGGUUCUGGGACGCGGUGCACAAUGAUCUCGAUCUUCCCAGGGGGCUGGCAAUCACCUGGGACAUGGCGAGUUCACAUCUGCCGCCGGCGGACAAGCUGGAAUUGAUUCUGGACUUCGACCGGGUGUUCGGCCUCGAUCUGGACGACGUGCCAGCCGAAUACGACAUCAGUCCCGAUGCAUCUGAGCUGAUCGCCCGCCGGAUGGCGCUGCGACGGCAGGCAGCCUUCGCCGACGCCGAUGCCCUGCGUUCCGAUGUAUUGUCAGAAGGACUGGUCGUAGAAGACGUUGGAGAAACCUCCCGGGUGCGUCCCCAAACGCCAUUGGAACAGCAGGAAUCGCGUUGGGCGUCCGUUUCUGCCUCGCGGGAGAUUCCAUCGUUGUUGGACCAACCCGAUUUGUACGAUUUCACUUUCCUGAUCAACGCCUACGAUUACGUAGACGACGUACGUCGCUGCGUGGAGUCGAUUUUAGCCAACACGUCGGGCGCAUCCGUGGAGGUUGUUGUCGUGGACAACGGCUCCACCGACGGAACUGCCGAUUACCUGGAAGAGGCCCAAAGGCAACAUAGUAACGUCAAGGUAAUUCACUGCGACCACGUGGUGGGCGAUGCUGCGGGCAAAAACAUCGGCCUCAAGCAGGCCCGGGGCCGCUAUAUUCUGCUGAUGGACGCUUCCGUAGAAGUUGUGGGGGACAUGCUACAGCCGGUGGCCGAGCAACUUGCCGACCGGUCUGUGGGAGUAUUCGGGCCGUAUGGUCUCACCACAGACGACAUGCAACACUUCCACGAAGAGGUGGACCGGGGUGACGCCGACGCAAUGCAGGCUUACUGCAUGUCGUUCCGCCGCGAUGACCUGGCUGCCGUGGGUCUGAUGCACGAGUCGUUCCGGUUUUACCGAAACCUGGACAUCGACUAUUGUUUCCAGUUCAAAAAUGCUGGGUUCCGAAUCGUUUGCGACAGCAGCCUGCCGCUGGUGCGACACGAACACCGCCAAUGGGAGGAACUGGACAACAAUCAGCGCGACGAACUCAGCCGCAAAAACUUCGGUCGGUUCCUGCGCCGCUGGGGCAAUCGGCCCGACCUGCUGAUUAAUCCGUCGGCCCGGGGGUUUGAGACGGGAUUCAGGCACUGA